CCGGGUCUUCACGGUUCCUGUUUGGCGACCCGUCGCCACAAGAGAGAAGUCGUUUAGCGUUAUCGGAAAUUUGGGCCUAAAAAGCCCAUAAAUUGAUCCGUUUUCCCGCAGCUGGAGGGCGGAUAACGCUCUGUGGGCCGCACAGGUUCCCACAACAAGGGGGAAAACGGCACGUUUCCGGGGUUUAAUCUUCAAACCUUCUUCCUAAAUCUUCUGUGGAGACAUUUUGGAUUCGGUGUCUCUUGUUUAUUUUUUCUCGGUUUGUUUGUGGUCAAGAUGUCGCCGUGAUGGAGUAUCCGGGUGUGACAGACAUGAGCAAGGGCCUUCGCCGCCUGACCCGCACCUCUGAUAACAAGCCGCUCUUCUCGCUUCUCGUCCCGUUUAAUGCUACAGAGCUCGUGUGUUUCCCCGGAGCUCGGCCUCAGUCCUUCCCACAGAGAUAUGGAGAAAAACAACAGCACCAACACCAAGGUCCCGCCCCGUUCCAGCUCCACAGGACCACCGCCGACCGACUCUAAAACUAAAACCGAUUCGAAGAAUAAUGGCACCUCCAAGCGCCACAACCGUAAGCGGGAGCCUGCCUUCCCCAAAGCAGAAAAUUUUCCAGGCCCCCGUCGCACCCACUCACAGAAAAGCAAGAAUUUCGACAAGAGACCCCCCCAGAGAGGCGGAGCAGGAGGUAGACAGGGUGGGCUCAUGGGCGGUGGGAGAAGAGAAGAGGUAGCUGAGACGCGCCGGGCAGAGUUCAGCCCGGCUCAGUUUUCUGGACCCAAAAAGAUCAGUUUGAACCACUUGCUCAAUUUUACCUUUGAGCCACGCGGAGGCCAUUUUGGCUCCGGAGGCGAUGGCCAUUCGUGCUGGGGUCGCCGCAACAAGUGGGGUCACAAACACAAGCCCUUCAACAAGGAGCUGUUUCUGCAGGCCAACUGCCAGUUUGUGGUGAAUGAUGACCAGGAUUAUCAAGCUCACUUCACUGACCCUGACACUCUGGUCAGCUGGGACUGUGUGCAGCAAGUGCGCAUCUACAGCCACGAGGUGCCGUCCUGUCCGAUCUGCCUGUACCCUCCGGUGGCGGCUCACAUCACUCGCUGCGGUCACAUCUACUGCUGGCCCUGCAUGCUGCACUACCUGUCUCUGAGCGAGAAAACCUGGUCCAAGUGUCCCAUCUGCUACGAGGCCGUGCACAGCGCAGACCUCAAGAGUGUUGUUGCCAUGGAGACACGCCAGUACGCUCCCGGCGAGGUCAUCACCAUGCGUCUGAUGCGCAGAGAGAAAGGCGUGUUGGUGGCUUUGCCCAGCUCCCAGUGGGUUAAGGUGGAGGAGCCGAUUCGCUUUGGAGACGCGCGUCUGAGCUCUUACUCCAAGCUGCUGCUGGCGUCUCAGGAUCAGGUUCUGGGUCUGUUAGCUGAGGAGAGAGCAGCACUGCAGGCUCAGCUGAAGCAGGAACAGGACGAUCCGCAAUCCUGCUUCAUACAGAGCGCUUUACUGCAGCUGCAGGAGCGAGAGGACGCCCUGCUGAAGCAGAACGUUCCAGAUAAAGGCAGUUUGGAAGCUGCAGACAUGACAAAGCUUUCUCUGGCUGACUCGAACGUUCCUGAGGUGGCGGUCAACAAGCUCCCGAGCUCCAAGCCCAUCCUGCAGUACGCUUCAGCGUUCGACGAUGAGAUUCAGGAGACCGCCGAAGAGCUCCCAGAGGUUCCGCUCCAGCAGGAAGAGCCCGAGGUGGCCCAGGGACUCGGAGAGGAAACCCUGAGUAACGACGCCGGGCCACAACAGAACCCUCAGCACGGGCCGUACUACUAUUUCUACCAAGCGGAGGACGGACAGCAAAUGUUCCUGCAUCCAGUGAACGUGCGCUGCUUGCUGAGGCAGUACGGCAGCUUGGAGAACAGUCCUCCGUCCAUCAGCGCUCCAGUCGUGGAGAUCGAGGGCCACACGGUGAACGAGGACGUUCGGCGUCGACACCGUUACCUCUCGCACCUGCCUCUCACCUGUGAGUUCAGCAUCUGUGAGCUCAACCUGCAGCCACCGGUUCUGUCCAAGGAGACGCUGGACAGCUUCUCAGACGACCUGGAGCGCAGGAGACGUGCGAGACACAAGAAGGCGAGGGACGAGAAGAGGAGGGAGAAGAGGAUCGAGAUGGAGGAGAACAGGAAGCAGGGGAAAUACCCAGAGGUGCACAUUGGUCUGGAGAACCUGCAGCAUUUCCCAGCAUUCGGUUCUCCUCCUCAUUACAGCGAACCAGGACAGAACCCCGAGUUCCAGCUCGGACCUCCGUCUCCUCUGAGCAGCAGUCCUGCCUCGGAUGUCGCCAUGUUCCCGAGUCUAAACGGGAACGGUCCGUCCAUCAGCGUAGGCAGUGUGGAGGAAGACUCUCCCUGCAUGUCCUUCGCACAGAUGCUGAGAGACGGAAAAGCCCGAGCAGACGUCUGGCCCAGAAUUCCUCCAAAGAAAGAUGUGUUCCUGGCUCCUCCGGUGGCUGACAGCGACGGAGAGAGUGACGGAUCGGACCGUGUGCCGGUCCCCAGCUUCCAGAACUCCUUCAGUCAGGCGGUUGAAGCGGCGAUGCUGCAACUGGACCACAAGCCACCAGCCAAAGCUGAAGCUUCACCUACCACCGAUGAGAAAGGAGGGAAGAAAAAGAAGAAGAAGCAGAAACUUCUCUUCAGCACCUCUAUGGUUCACACAAAGUAAAUGAGACCGCAGAUCACGCUUACGCACUUUCACUUCUGUUCACUUUUCACUUUUCUUCUCUCUCUGUUCUGUCCUGUAGGGUGUUUUUAGCUGAGAGUCGUUAACAAUCCUGGGUCUAACUUCAGCUUGUUAACACGUGGCUUUAGGCUGUAGAAUUAAGGGUCGUGACGCGUCGAGUCCGUCGCUUUAGAACACGCUUUUUAUUUUAAAUCUGAUGCGUCAAUAAAAAAAAAAAAUCAUUAUAGUGUAAAACAUGUUUAUUUAGCAGCGCAUAAAAUUAACUUGUCGUAUCGAGCGUAACGCGAACGUUCCAGGGUUCAGCGACGGCGUCUCGGCGUUUUAAGAGACUGCAGUCAACCAGCUGCUGAUUAACACGAACCUUCACGUCAUCCCCGAACCCCGGAGCGAACGCGCCGUCAUCCGCGUGGCUAAUAUUUGUCCAUACGCAGUAUGUAAAAACCGCUGCACGUUUCCUGCCCCUUCGGUCUUCAUCGUCUUUCUUUCUCUCCACAGCUCGAUAAAGCACUUUAUAUAUUUUCCACACAUUCAUCAGUAUAAAACAUGAACUUUUACGCUUCUUCAUCUGGUUCACAACAUGUAAUAAAGCCUGUUUGGUCUCAGAUGUUAAACUGCAGGAAUAGAGCGCAAGUUUGAUGCUUCAGCGAAGUGCAGCGUGAAUUUCUUUUUUUUGUUCUCCCCCCUUGUACUCGGUUGCUUUUGGGGGCAAAAUGGCGAGCGAUGGUAGGUGUGGUGGUUUUUUUUUUUUUUUUUUUUUUUUUGUUUUUUUUUGGAUUCCUUCAGUGGGAAUCUGUGAUUUAUAAACCCAUAUUGAUUGAUUUAAAAAAUAAAGAAUUAUCUACCACUUCA